AAAAGAGAGAGAGAACAAAAAGCAAGAAAUCAGAGGGAACAAAUCAAGAAGGAGAUGAAAAGAGGUAAUGCAAUCACAAUGAGAUCUUUCUUGCUGGUUGCAGUAACAUCAUGUGCUGUUGUUUUUGGAGGGAACGAGCUUGUGCUUGAUGCAUAUAGUAGGCCAGUAAAGGCCUUUACUCGGUAUUACCCACGCCAGGUGUCUUCGAAAGCAAAUAUGUGGCUUACUACUACUAACACUUCUGAUCCUGAGACACCAUGCCUAGAACGACGGGUAGUUUACACAUCUGUUUUUUCAGAAGAUGAAACAAUUAUGUUUAUUCCAAAACAAGGCGCCUACGUACGUGUGUCAACAGAGCUCAACACUGUUAUGUCACUUGACUCGAAGUGCGAUACGUUGGGGAUUUGGAGAGUUGCAGAUAGCUCAUCGAAAAUCAAAGAAGUAGUCCUGACGGGAUCCAUGUCAAGCAAUGACAGCAUCUUCACCAUCCAGAGAGCUCACCGGUUUUUAUCCAUUUACAAGUUUGCUUUUGGCAAUUCAACGGAUAUCAGUUUCGCGGAGAAAGGCUCUGAUGUUCCGGUGUUUGGGAGUGAAUCAGCUUUUGUUUUCCUCCCACGGUAGCCUUUUACAGGCUACUCUUCCCUCUUGUAUCCUUUUUUUUUUCUCUCUGGUAUGUUUUUUCAUGGAAUGUUUCAUUUCAAAUAAAAUAAUCACGUACGUGAGUGCUAUUUUUCUUCAAAAUUUUAAAAUGUAUUACCAAGUAAGAGCCUAGCGC